UACAUUGCUACCAUAGAUUGGUUGCUCCGUUCCAUAUAUCAUUAUUACUCAAUCCUCAACUUUUCUCAUGAUCAUCCAAUCAACCAUUGUUCAAAAGAACAAAACCUUGAUCACCAUGGCCCAAAUUCUCUUAACCUUCUACAUACUCAUGACUUGUCUAGCUAUGAACGUCCACAGCCAACAAGAUUACACAGGUAUAUCAUCACAAGACUGCGAUAGUAACAACCAAACAGGGAAUAAUUCUCAACCUUAUCUCUACGCCUGCAAUGGCGAGAAGCGAUUUUGCCAAGCCUUCCUCAUCUUCAAAUCCAAACCACCUUAUAACUCCGUCAAAACCAUUUCUAACCUCACAUCUUCAAGCCCCAAAGAGCUCGCUAGAGUCAACAACGUCACGGAAUCUCAACUCUUCCCAACAAACAAGGAGGUGAUAAUUCCGGUGGACUGUUCUUGUGCCGGUCAAUACUACCAAAAAAACACCUCAAUAAUCAUCGGUGACUCUGAAACAUAUUACGUCUUAGCAAACGACAUAUUACAAGGUUUGUCCACAUGCAAUUCUCUUAUGCGUGACAACAAAGAAGGUGAACUGGAUUUGAUUGCUGGCAUGGAACUGAAAGUUCCUCUUAGAUGUGCUUGUCCUACUAGGAACCAAUUCCGAAAUGGCACAAAGUAUUUGUUAACGUACCCACUUAAUAGUGGAGAAUCCGUUUCAGAUAUUGGUGAAAGAUUCAAUGUAACUGAAAAAAGCAUACUUUACGCAAAUGGGUUUUCGGAGGAUGAUCCUAAUCCAACCAUUUUCACCUCCACGCCAAUUCUCAUUCCUCUUCCAACUGAACCUUCAAGUACUUCCUUAACUAUAAUCCAAAAUAGUGAUGAUGAUACUAAAGCACCAACUUUUCCUCCGCUAGUUGGUUCUGAUCCAAGGAAGCAGAAAUCAACGCGAAAACUUUACGUGGUUAUCGCAAUCACGGCGGGUUGUUCUCUUCUAGUUCUGGUCGUUGCUUUAUCUGUUUUUUUCCUGGUUUACAAGAAGAGACCAAAAGGGUUAUUGUUACCUCGCAUGGGAACGAGACGGUUAUCACCGGAGGAUCUCCGUGCGGAAAUCGCGAGCUUUGAGAAAGGUAUACAUGUGUAUGAAAUAGAGGAGAUCAAGAAGGCCACGGAGAGCUUCAGUUCCGAGAGGCAAAUCAAGGGUUCUGUCUUUUACGGCGUGUUUGGGAAGGACACAACUCUGGCCGUGAAGAGAACGAGGAAAGAUGUGUUUAAGGAAGUGAACAUUCUGAAGAAGCUUAACCAUUUCAACUUGAUCAAACUUGAAGGUGUGUGCAAAUACAAUGACCGUUUCUAUCAAGUCUUUGAGUACAUGGAAAACGGAUCACUAAGAGAAUGGCUAUGCGAAAACUGUAGCUCGGAAAAGAACUGGAGUUGGGCUAUGAGGAUUCAGAUUGCUUUGGAUAUUGCCCAUGGACUUAACUAUCUUCACAGCUUCACUAAACCAGGUUAUGUCCAUAAAAACAUCAAGAGCAGCAAUAUUCUUCUUGACGGUAAUAUGAGGGCAAAGAUUGCAAAUUUUGGGCUCGCAGGACCAGCAAUGGAUCUUGAAACGACAACCACUACUAGUACCAGUACCGAUCAUUCGCAAAGGACAACAGCGAGUCAUGUUGUCGGGACAAGAGGCUAUGUGGAUCCUGCGUACUUAGCCACCGGGAUCACCACUCCAAAGAUUGAUGUGUUUGCGUUCGGGGUGGUGGUGUUGGAGCUGAUGACUCGGAAAAAUGCUGUUGCCGUACAAAAUGGGAGAGAGGUGCUGCUUUCGAAAGCGGUUGUGGAGAUCAUGGAAGGAGAUUGUCCAGAAGCUGAUCUUGGCGUGUUUAUUGAUCCUAGUCUUAAAGAAGAUAAUAGAUAUAGAGAGUUUGCGUUGAGGCUGGCUAAGUUAAGUGUUGCUUGUUUGAAGAGAGAACCGGAGAGUAGGCCAAGCAUGGCUGAGGUGGUUUCAACUUUGUCAAAAAUUCAGGCAGAUCAUUUACAGAAGAUUGAUUUGUAGGACGUGUAAUUUUUUUUUUUCCCUU